AUGGCUAACCUUAUUGUGAUCACCAACAUCUUUUUCUUCACCUCCUUUUUCCUAAACGCCCUAGCCCACGAACGCGCCACGUCAUCAUGGUUCCACGUCAUCAGCCGAUCUGGCGGCGAGGUCUCGGCCAAGAUCCACUUGUACGUGCAAGACGUCCUAGGUGGCGAAAACCAGACCGUGUACGAGGUUGCCCGAGCCUCGAUCACUUCGACCUCCCCAACGAGCUUCGGGCAGGUCCGCGCACUCGACGACCUCCUGACGGCCCUGCCCGACCCAGGCUCGAAAAAAGUGGGGCGAAUCCAGGGUUUGAUAACGUCCGCUGACCUGGCGAAGACGGCACUUGCCAUGAACCUCAACUUCUACUUCACGUCCGGGGAGAUUGCGGGCAGCACCAUCUGCAUGCUCGGGCGGAAUCAGAUAGACGACCCAACGCGCGAGCUGGCGGUGGUCGGGGGCACGGGGGUCUUCCGGUUCGCGCGCGGUUACGCGAUCACGAAGCUAUAUUCGUACGAUGUGGAGACGAACCACGGAGUGAUUGAGUACACGUUGUACGUGAGGUACUCGGACGAAGUAAUCGAUGCUCAGUUUUCGACUCCGUUCCAGUUCACCGGAGCUCUGGUAGCUGUCCGUUUAUUGAGUUUUCAAGUCACGUGGGACCCGGGGACGCUAAUCGAGAGCACGAGAGCAUACAAGAUUAAUAUUGUAAGCGCCUUAGCGGCCGCUAUGGUCCAUAGCGGCUGCUAUCCCUUUGUUGAUAGCGCCGCUAUAAGAGGAUAA